GAAUAAUUAUGAAAAUAGAGGAGGAGGGAAUAUCACUUAAAGGAACUGUGUUAGAUCCAUUAAUUGAAAAGUAGGAAAUAAAAUAAAGGGAAAUAAUACUAAAUUAGAUGAUUUCAAAAAGAAAAGCGUGCAAUGAAAUCAAUAAUAGCAAAUACUCUAUAUUUACAUUUUUCCCUUUAGUAUUGUUUUAUUAAUUUUAACAUUUCUUUAACUUAUACUUUUUGGGAUUAACUAUUACUUAAUUCAUACCUGCUUUAAAAGUAGGUAAAUAUUAUGUUAAAUUUCUUAGGAUUUAUAAUAAAUUAUGUAGGUCCAUUAUCUAUAGUUUUAUGUCUAUCAAUGUGCAAAGAAGCUUAUGAUGAUAUUUUGAGACACUCAAGAGACAGAUAAAUAAAUAAAUAGUUAUAUUAGAUUUUAACAAUAGAGGGUUUAAUGAACAAGAAAUCAGGAAAUUUAUAAGUAGGAUAAAUUGUUUAGGUAAAUAAAGAUGAGAGAAUACCAGCAGACUUAUUAAUAUUGAAGACAGAUGAUAAAGAUGGAAAUGCAUUUAUUAGAACUGAUUAAUUAGAUGGAGAGACAGAUUGGAAAUUAAGAAAAUCAUUAAAGUUGACUUAAAAUAUGGAUGAAAAUUAAUUAACAUAAGCAUCUGGAGUGAUAUAAUUUGAAUAACCUCAUUAAAAUAUAAAUGUAUUUAAGGGAUUAUUGUAAAUAAAUGAAAUUGAUGGAAAUUAAUUACGAGAAUCUACUAGUAUUGAAAAUAUAAUUUGGGCAAAUAGUGUUUUGGCUGUAGGAUAAAUAUAUGGUAUUGUGAUAUACAAUGGUCAAGAAUCAAAAAUGAUGAUGAAUCAAAAGAAAUCCUAAACAAAGAAAGGAAUUUUUGAUAUUGAAGUUGACAGACUGAGUAAAUUAUCAUUUUUCAUUAUGAUUAUUUUGGCAGCUAUAAUUACAUUAUUUAGCAGUCCUCCAAGAGAUUUUACAUAUGUAAUAUAAAUGUAUAUGAGAUAUUUGAUCUUAGUUAGCAAUAUAAUUCCAGUAAAAUCUUAAUAAAUUUUAUAGAUUUCAAUGAGAGUAAAUUUAGAGUUUGCUAAAAUCGUUUAUUCAAUCAGAAUUAAUAGAGAUCCAAAUAUAGAUGGUACAAUAUCUAGAAAUUCAAAUAUACCUGAAUCAUUAGGUAGAAUUUCGUAUUUAUUAAGCGAUAAAACUGGUAAUUUUAAUUAAUAAUGAAUGAGGCACUCUUACUUAAAAUGAUAUGGUUUUUAAAAGAUUUUCAUUGGAGAAUGAAAAAUAUACUCUUGAACAAGAUGAUUUAUAAAAAGUUAAAUAAAUUCUUUAUGAUUAAUUUAAAAAUCCUUCUAAAAAGAAUGGAAAAAUGAGAGAAUUUUUUACAUGCUUAAGUGUUUGUCAUAGUGUUACACCAGUUGAUGAUGAAUAUGGUAAUCGUACUUAUUAAGCUUAAUCUCCUGAUGAAAUUGCUCUAAUUAAAUUUGCAGCAUAACAAGGAUUUUAUAUAUCUUAAAGAAAUGAUAAAGAAAUCAUUAUUCAUAUCGAUUAAAAUGAAUUAAAAAUAAAAGAAAGAUAUUAAAUAUUAAAUUGUUUUCCAUUCUCAAGUGAAAAUAAGAGAAUGGGCAUAGUUUUAAAGAAUAAUUAAAAUUAGAUUCAUUUUUAUGUUAAAGGAGCAGAUGUUGUUCUAAAAUAAUUGUUACCAGAAUAAUAUUAAAAUUAUAUAGAUGAAGAGACUGAAAAUCUAGCUAGAGUUGGAUUGAGAACACUUGUUUUGGCUCAUAGAAUAUUAACAUAAAAAGAAUAUGAUGAAUGGAAUAAAUAAUAUAUUAAAGCUACUUAAUUAAUUGAUAAUAGAGAGUCAAAAAUAUAAAAUAUGAUAGAAUAAUUGGAAAGAUAAUUAGAAUUUUUAGGUAUAACUGGAGUAGAAGAUAAGUUAUAGGAUGUAAUUAUUAAUAUUAGACAAGGAUGUGUCUCAUACAAUUGAAAAUUUGAAGAAUGCAGGAAUAAAUGUUUGGAUGUUAACAGGUGAUAAAAUGGAGACAGCUAUUUGUGUAGCCAUUUUAUCUGGAUUAAAACAUUAAAGCCAAAAUUUUAUAAAAAUGAAAGAUGUUAUAGAUGAAGUAUUUAAAUUUUAUUAUCUAGAUAUAAAUGUCUCUAGUUUUAUAAAAUUUAGAAGCAAAUUCUAAUAAUGUAUUAAUAAUUGAUGGAAUAAGUUUAUAAGAAGCUUUAAAUGGAUUUGAAGAGAAAUUUAUGAAGGCAGCAAUGAAUUGUCCAUCAGUAAUUUGUUGUAGAUGUUCUCCUACAUAAAAAGCUAUAAUUACAGAACUUUUAAAAAAAUAUUCAGGACUUGUAGUGGCUGCUGUAGGAGAUGGAGGAAAUGAUGUAGGAAUGAUUUAAUCUAGUGAUGUUGGAAUAGGUAUUGAAGGUAAAGAAGGUAAACAAGCAGCCUUAGCAUCUGAUUUUUCAAUUUUAAGAUUUAGUUCUUUAAAUCUGUUAUUACUUUGGCAUGGAAGACUAUCUUAUAAAAGAAGUUCUUUAUUAUCUCAAUUUAUUAUUCAUCGAGGCCUUUUAAUUGCUACUGUACAAACUAUUUUCAUGUUUUUAUUUUACUUUCUAUCUAUUAGUUUAUUCUCAGGAUUUUUAAUGUUUGGAUAUUCUACAAUAUUCACGUAAUUAUUUCUAUUAUCUUUUAGAAUGUUUCCUGUAUUCUGUAUCAUUUAUGAUGAAGAUGUUAAAUAAGAUCUUGCUUUACGAUUUCCACCUCUCUAUAAAUCUAUUCAAUAAGGAAGGCUACUUAAUACUAAAACUUUUCUUAUAUGGCUAUGGAAAGCUGUAUUUCAAGGCUUUAUCAUUAUGAUUUGUUCCAUUCUAUUAAUCAAACAGGCUUUUCUAAGAUUAGAAACUACUGUCUUUACUUGUUUGAUUUUUACUCAAUAUGCUAUGACACUUACAGAAGUACUAUUUAUUCUAAUUUUAUAGUUAGAAUCUUUGCAUAUUUUUAUGAUUCUAGCAAAUUUAUUAUCUGUGUUGAUUUACCUUAUGACUUUGUUAUUAUUUCCAUAACAACUAUUAGUAUAAGAUACAAUUGAUGUCCCCUUUUUCGGAUGGGUCUUCUUAAUUUUAUUAAUGAGUUGGUUGCCUUUGUAUGUUUUAAGGAGAAUCUAAAAAUUAGUAGAUCCCUCUGAUCAUGAAAAGCUCAUGGAUUAAGUUUAAAGAGAAACCAUUAAUACCAAUUGAAU